UAUCGUGCAGUACUUGAGUUUGUGCCUCAAGAUGCUUUGUGUUUUUCUCUGCAGGUCCAGUGAAGACCAGUCUGCUGUCGGCCCCCAGCACCGUCAGCAUGUUCGUUCCCGCGCCAGAAGACUUCAGCGACGAGCAGCCCACUACGAUGGCCGACAGGUGCCGUGACUGCGGGGCUGUGCUGGAGGAGUAUGAUGAGGAGACUCUGGCUCUGGCUGUGGUGGUUCUGUCCAUGUUCAUCCAUCUGAGUCCUGAUCUGGCCGCUCCGCUGCUGCUGGAGAUCAUGCAGUCUGUGGGCAGGUUGGCCUCUAGCUCCAAUUUCACAGGUCAAGCUGAAAGUGUGCUGAUUCCUGGGAAUGUGGCUGGUGUAGCCAAGCAGUUCCUCCGCUGCGUUCUCCAUCAGCUCGGACCCAACG